AAAGGAAAAUGUUUACGGGGGGAGAGAGAGAGAUGGUAAGGGUAAGGGCACUUUAUCACCUUUUUUAUGUUGCACGCAUCCAUGGCAGAACAGAGAAGGGUACAGAGUACUGCUACGACACAAGAGGGUAGAAGAGAAGUGAAGAGAAGAACAAAGGAGGGUUAGAGAGGGAUAGAAAGAAAGAAAGAAAGGAAACAAAUAGAGAGGAAAUGGAACUGGCGGAGAAGGAUUGAGAAAUAACUUAGAAGAUAGAGAAGAAGAAGAAGAAUAAGAAGAGGAGAACAGCGGUUUGUGUCUGGUGAAAUGGGUUUCUUCGGGUGCAUGCAUCUAACAAGUGGAGGUGGGGUUGAAGUCCGACUGAACAGCGAUCUCAGGCCUUCCAAAUAUGUUGAUAUUUUCUGUUAAUGGCUGACAAAUUUGUUUCGACAACCUACUCGUGUAGCUGUCUUUGAAUAUUAUCUGAAAGCCCAUUCUGCCGUGCUCUUCUGUUCUGUUCUUCCUUUGUAUGCAUCUGGGUCUUCUUUUAGUUUUUCUGGAGACUUUUGGUUUCUAGGUAUUUUUGAUUUUUAGAUGAGGGGAAUGCCCUUUAAUUUGCAGGGGAAGGGGGUGUUGGAAGUUGCAGAGAUUUCUUCGAUAUCAGGAGCGAAGUGGAAGAAGGAAGCUACCUGUUUGGGCAACGAGCCUACCUCGGUUCUGGAUACGAGAAGAAGCCCAAGCCCCCCUACAUCUACCUCAACCCUGUCUUCUUCCUUGGGCGGAGGCUGCGGCUCAACCGACACAGCCGGCGUGGCGGCGGUUUCCGACAACCCUCCACAGAAAUGGCCGCCUACCCAGCAGCAAGAGGACAGCUCGGCUGCAGUAGCUGAGUCCGGCAGCUGCGUUGGGGGUGGUGUUGGUGGUUCCCGGAAGGACGAAUGGACUUCGGAGCUYCAGCCGAUUCCGACUGCGCUAGAGAUUGUUAGCGGCGGUGCUACCGGAGCGGAAAAAUGUGGACUCGGAAUGGAAGAUUGGGAGAGCGUGUUGUCCGAAUCUGCGGCCUCGCCAAGCCAAGAACAGUCUCUCCUCCGAUGGAUCAUGGGCGAUGUGGACGACCCAACUUCGGGUUUGAAGCACUUAUUGCAGGGUGGGGGUUCUUCAGAGUUCGAAGGCAAUGCCGGGGGAUUUGGGAUCGUCGACCAAGGCUUUGGGUUCGAAUCUAUUGGGGCAGGCGCUUCUUUGAGCGGUAACGUCAUGGGUACCAUUAAUCCUUCUCUGGCAUUUCCUGGUUCUGUUUUUCCGCCAAACAACAAUAGCAAUAGCAACAGCAACAAUCAAAAUGGAAGGGUUGGUUCAGUGACUUCAGUCCCAAAUGCAUCUCCUCUUCCUAAUUACAAGGUUCCUUGUUUUGCGUCGAAUAACAACGGUACCCCUCCCAACCCCAUUUUCCCUCCUUCAGCUAACAAUCUUCCUCUCCCUAUUUCUUUUCCUCCUGGCGUGUUUUAUCCGCAGCAGCAACAUCAACAACCACCGCAGCUUGAACCUGCUGAUGAAAAGCCUCAGCUUUUCAAUCCGCAACUGCUGAUGAAUCAGCAACAAGCCCAUCAUCCUCAGAAUCCGCCUUUCCUUGUGCCGUUGUCGUAUGCCCAGCAGGAGCAGCACCUCCUCCUCCCUCCCCAACCGAAGCGCCCCCACUCGGCCAUCGACCCAAGCUGCCAGAUCCCCCCCAAGGUUCCAUUUGCCGAUUCGGGUCAAGAACUUUUCCUGCGAAGGCAACAGCUGCAACAGCAGCAGCAACAACAAGAACAACAAGGUUUCCCUCAGCUCCAGUUACUUCCUCCUCAUCUUCAACAAAGGCCGACGACGAUGGCGACAAAGCCGAAGGUGGUGGGUACAGGCGAUGAAGUGGCCCAUCAGCAGCAGCAGGCAUUGGUCGACCAGCUCUUCAAGGCCGCCGAGCUGGUCGAGGCCGGGAACUCGGUACACGCGCGAGGGAUAUUGGCGCGGCUCAAUCACCAGCUCUCCCCAGUAGGAAAGCCCCUCCAAAGGGCUGCUUUCUACUUCAAGGAGGCCCUGCAACUGCUCCUCCUUACCAGCAACAACACGGCCACCUCUCCUUCCCCGAGGAACUCUACCCACUUCGAUGUUGUUCUCAAGAUUGGCGCCUACAAGGCCUUCUCCGAGAUAUCUCCUCUCCUGCAAUUUGCGAAUUUCACUUGCAACCAGGCUCUUCUUGAAGCACUUGAUCGCUCUGAUCGAAUCCACAUAAUUGACUUUGAUAUUGGAAUUGGUGGACAAUGGGCUUCCUUCAUGCAGGAGCUUGCAUCCAAGCCUGGUGGUGCCCCUUCUUUGAAGAUUACCGCCUUCACAUCCCCUACUUCCCACGACCAACUAGAGCUUCGUCUCACUAGGGAGAACCUGACCCAUUUCGCUAACGAUCUCGGCAUCGCAUUCGAUCUUGACAUCGUGAACCUUGAUUCAUUUGACCCAGCUUCCUGGUCACUGGCACCUCUUCAUGUGUCGGACAGCGAGGCAGUUGCAGUGAACCUUCCCGUCGGGUCCUCCGUGACUCAACUAUCCUCUGUCCCCUCCCUCCUACGCUUUGUGAAACAACUCUCCCCAAAAAUUGUGGUCUCUGUUGACCGAGGAUGCGACCGCAGUGACCUCCCCUUCUCACACCACUUCCUCUAUUCCCUUCAGUCAUUCUCAAUUUUGCUGGAUUCUCUUGAUGCUGUAAACGUUAACUCAGAUGCCGUCCACAAGAUCGAGAAGUUCUUAUUCCAGCCAAGAAUUGAGGGCAUUGUACUGGGGCGACAACGUGCCCCUGAAAAGAUGCUACCUUGGAGGAACGUAUUCGCUUCAGCUGGGUUCUCGCCCGUGCCGUUCACUAAUUUCACUGAGACUCAGGCUGAAUGCCUGGUGAAGAGGCUUCAUGUUAGGGGAUUCCACGUGGAAAAACGCCAGGCUUCUCUCAUUCUCUGCUGGCAGCGUGGGGAACUGGUCUCGGCAUCAGCUUGGAGGUGCUGAGGAGCGACAUUUUUUACAGGCAGGAAGGUCGGUUUUACCAAAUUCGUUUUCGUUAUCAAGGUGCCACGAACCUAUUAUUCUACUCUUUAAUCUUAAUAAAUCUUCAAUUACGAGGGUGGCGCCUGUUCUCUGAUAUCCUUCCUGCGUAAUUAUCGUCUUCUCAUUGUCUCUGUGGUCUUAGACAGAUUAUUUCUGAGUAAAGCAAAACAUUGAGAAACUGCAACUUCUAGUACAGUUUUUAUUUUUUCUUUCUUUCAGUCUCUAUUUUGGACAUGGGUAUUGCCGCUAAGGUGUUUUAAUGUUUAUGGUGAGAACUGAGAAGUAGUUCUUUUAACAUGGUGGUGGUUUGUUGUACACUUGACAACAAGGCAAAAACAGAAAUGGAAAUGGAUGGAAGAAUUGACCCCCCCCCAACAUGUUUGUUUAGCUUAUUUAUUUUGGGUGAUAAAUGUGCCAAGUUCUUUUGUUUUUAUCAGUUCUUCUUAGUUUUCUGUUAA